GGCGGAGUCCCCGGCCAAGUCGCGCCGCCUCAGCCGCUGCCGCCGCCGCCGCCGCCAGUGGCGAGACCCCGACCUGGCGGGGCUGCGCUGGGCGUGCGUGCGGGCAGGCGGGGGCGCUGACGAGGAGCACGAAGCGGUGGCCACGCGGGCGUGGGCGGCGGGUCCAGGUGGAGGCGCUGGGAGGCGGCGGCCGGUCGCGUGGGGCGGCCCUCCUCGCUCAGAAUUAUGGAUCCAAGCCUGUUGAGAGAACGGGAGCUGUUCAAAAAACGAGCUCUUUCCACUCCUGUAGUAGAAAAACGUUCAGUAUCUUCUGAAUCAUCAUCAUCCUCAUCAAAGAAGAAGAAAGCAAAGCUAGAACAUGGAGGAUCAUCGGGCUCUAAACAGAAUUCUGAUCAUAGCAAUGGAUCAUUUAACUUGAAAGCUCUAUCAGGAAGCUCUGGAUAUAAGUUUGGUGUUCUUGCUAAGAUUGUGAAUUACAUGAAGACACGGCAUCAGCGAGGAGAUACGCAUCCUCUCACUUUAGAAGAAAUUUUGGAUGAAACACAACAUUUAGAUAUAGGACUCAAGCAGAAACAAUGGCUAAUGACUGAGGCAUUAGUCAAUAAUCCCAAAAUUGAAGUAAUAGAUGGGAAGUAUGCCUUCAAGCCCAAAUACAACUUGAAAGAUAAGAAAGCCCUCCUUAGGCUGUUAGAUAAGCAUGACCAGCGAGGCUUAGGAGGAAUUCUUUUAGAAGACAUAGAGGAAGGACUCCCCAAUUCUCAGAAAGCUGUCAAGGCUUUAGGGGACCAGAUACUAUUUGUAAAUCGUCCCGAUAAGAAGAAAAUUCUUUUCUUCAAUGAUAAGAGCUGUCAGUUUUCUGUGGAUGAAGGGUUUGGUUGGUGUGUGAUGCCAGAUACAUCAAAAGAGAAGGAUAGUUUUCCUUUUUCUUUCCAUUCUUUCCUUAUGAGAAUAUUCAAUUCCUUGAAGAUUUGAACACAAACACCCAUGAGUUUCUCUGUCUUCUUGUUUCUUGGACAGUAUUCUUUGUAUCUUCUUUGGUUAUGUCCAUCAUUAAGUUUCCCAUCUCAUAAAUUAAUUUUUAUAAUCUCUGCUUUCCUAAAAUCAUCCAUUGUUAAUUUUCAGAUUUAAUAGCAUAUACAUUUUGCAGAGUAUAGCCCCAGAAUUUAAUUCUUGUCUGUAAUUUUCCCUUUUUAUUGCUAACUUCUUGUAUUUGCAUGUUCUCCCUUACUUCCUUAUUAUGCUAUGUUGGUGUAUCUGUUUUACUUUUGUUGUUGUAUUUUUGUUUUAAAGGAAAACAUCUGUCAGAUCACCCUUUGCAUACUAGUUUUUGAUUACUUUCUAUGAGUGGUGACUGAGCAAACAUUUAAAAUCUGCCAAAUUUUUUUGUUGUUUUAAUUUUGCUGUUACUUCCUGGUGGUUUUCCUGCAGAAUUCUUGGUUUAUAAACAUUCUUGACAGUUUUAGUUUAAGGGUUGAAUCAUAAUCAUUGUAAAGCAUCUCUCUUGGUCCAAUUUAAUGUUCUUUUCUUUUGAAGUCUGGCUUUAUCUUAUAUUCUUUUAAUCCCUUCCCUUUUUUGGGGCUGAUACAUUUUUGUCCAUCCUUUUACGAUGUACCCUGUCUUCUUUUGUUUAAAUGUUUCCUUUGUAAUUGGUUUGUAGUUGGUUUUAACUUCUUGAAGUGUCAUUUUAUAUUAAUUAUCUUUUUACAUGAUAGAUUGUCCCAUUAUUUGUUUGGAAAGUAUAAUUUUGGGAAGUUGUCGUAUAUAGAGUGAUUCUUUGUAUCUCUAAUUUGCUUAAACUAUAGAUAUCGUGGGGCACUUGGGUGGCUCAGUGGGUUAAAGCCUUUGGCUCAGGUCAUGAUCUCAGGGUCCUGGAAUCCAGCCCCACAUCGGGCUUUCUGCUCAGCGGGGAGCCUGCUUCCUCCUCUCUCCCUACCUGCCUCUCUACUUGUAAUCUCUAUCAAAUAAAUAAAUAAAAUCUUUAAAUGAU